AUGGAGAAGAUCUCACUGACCACAGAAGGUCAGGAGCUGGGAGACGUUCCCACUGACUCCACCCUGACCUCAAAGAUGGAGCAGCAGGAGAAGAAACUGAUGAAGAUCCAGAAGUUACACCAAAGUCUGCAGCAGGAGAUCCAGGUCGUUCGCACGGCUUUGAACCAACACAUCUCUGCUCGAGAAAGUCUAGGGCGAGAGUUUAAAGCCAGAGAAAGUGAACGCAAGAGGAUUGAGAUGUUAGAACUCCAACUGCAGGAGUUUGAAGACUUGAAGAAGCAGCAUUCUUGGACUGUGGAGAGAAACCUCAGUCUGGAGAAGGAGAAGAAGGAGCACUUUGAGCAGAUGGAGUUUGUUCAAAAGUGUUUGGACGAACAGGUCGCAGCUUCCCAGACUCUAGAACAAAAGCUAACUGAGAAGGAACGUGAAUGCAAGGAGGUCGAGGUCCUCAAACGCCAACUGCAGCAGUUUGAAGAGGUCAAAGAGCAGUAUUCUUGGUCUCUGAAGAGAAAUGAAAGUCUGGAGAAAGAGCUGGAACAAGCCAAAGAACUGUUAGAGAGAAACGAGACUGAACAGUUCUCAUUUUGUGAGAAAACGACUGAGAUGUUAGAACUCCAACUGCAGGAGUUUGAAGACCUGAAGAAGCAGCAUUCUUGGACUGUGGAGAGAAACCUCAGUCUGGAGAAGGAGAAGAAGGAGCACUUUGAGCAGAUGGAGUUUGCGACUGAGCUGCAGCUUCUCCAGAAGGAAGUGUUGGAGGAAAACUUGGAGGAGAUGGAGUUUGUAAAGAAGUGUUUAGAAGAAUACGUCUCAGCUUGCAAAAAAUUAGAAAAAGUGAAGGUGAAGGAAAGUGAUUGCAAGGAGGUCGAGGUCCUCAAACGCCAACUGCAGGAGUUUGAAGAGGUCAAAGAGCAGUAUUCUUGGUCUCUGAAGAGAAAUGAAAGUCUGGAGGAAGAGUUGGAACAAGCGAAGCAAAGUUUGGCCAGAAACGAGACUGAACGUAAAGAGACGUGUGAGAAACUGACUGACUGA